CCAAGCCCCUCACACCUCUCUCCCUCUGUGCUGCGGGAGGACAGAGUGAGCACAGGGCGCGCUUGGCGACCCGGGUUUGUUGUCGUUACCAGGAGAGGAGCCCGCAACGACCACAGCCUCAGCUGGUCCGGCUCUCAUUAAACCGGGCUGUCCUCUCAGAGGAGCCACUUGCAUGGAUGCACCAUGGCCACGUUUGUCUGCAGGGUUCAGUUUUUAGAUGACACCGAUCCAUUCAACAGCACCAACUUCCCCGAACCGACUAGACCACCACUGUACACCUUCAGGGAGGACAUCCCCUUCAUCAACCAGCUAGCAGGCGUCCACCGGCUGCUCAAAGCUCCACACAAGCUUGAUGACUGCACGCUGCAGCUCUCCCACAAUGGCACCUAUCUGGAUCUGGAGUCCUCUCUGGCUGAGCAAAGGGACGAGCUGGAGGGCUUUCAGCAGGACGACACAGGGUCCAGGGGGAAGAAGCACAGUGUUAUUCUACGGACCCAGCUGACCGUCCGUGUACACGCCUGCAUCGAAAGACUGUAUAACUGCAAUGGACGGGACCUGAGGCGGGCGCUGUUCUCUCUAAAGCAAAUCUUUCAGGAUGACAAAGACCUGGUGCAUGAGUUUGUGAUGGCUGAAGGUCUGACGUGUCUCAUCAAGGUGGGAGCAGAGGCUGACCAGAACUACCAGAACUACAUAUUAAGAGCUUUGGGCCAGAUCAUGCUUUAUGUAGACGGUAUGAACGGCGUCAUCGGGCACGUCGAGACAAUCCAGUGGCUCUACACUCUUGUUGGCUCAAAGUUUCGGCUGGUGGUGAAAACGGCUCUAAAGCUGCUGCUGGUGUUCGUGGAGUACUCUGAGUCCAAUGCUCCUCUACUGAUAGAGGCCAUCGCCUCUGUGGACACCAAGACAGGCUGUAAGGCGUGGUCCAACACCAUGGAGAUCCUGCAUGAAAAGGACGGAGUGGACACAGAGCUGCUGGUCUACGCCAUGACCCUCAUCAAUAAGACCCUUGCAGCGCUGCCGGACCAGGAUUCAUUCUAUGAUAUGGUGGACGGUCUGGAGGAGCAGGGCAUGGAGACAGUGACACAAAGACACCUGGGGAGGAAAGGCACUGAUCUGGACUUGGUUGAGCAGCUCAACAUUUACGAGAUGACCCUUCGGCAUGAAGACGGUGACGACGACAGCCAGCCUCCUCCAAUGGGACGCAGGGAUCGCCGUCGAGUAAGCCUGGGGGCCGGGGACAAAAAACGAGGCCUGGAGAGGAGGCGGAGCCGCAGGGCCUCUCUCGGGCGAUCCGGUCACGCCUCCCCCUGCAGCCCUGCAUCCCCUCAGAGAGGGAACUUCCAGCCUUUCAAUGGACAGAGAGCCGAGGACAUGAGCGAGAGCCCGGCUCGACGUCUUCCGUCCAUAAUUCACAGAACAACUGUCCAGUCAAUCACUAUCACGUCCAGAAAGGAGAGUAUAAUAGAGGAGGAGCAGAGGAAUCGAACUGAUCCCGUCUCAGCACCCACCCUCCACUCACCCCCUACCCCAACCUCCUCCCCUCUCAGCCCCCCAUCCCAACCAUCCCUGCUGACCUCCCUGCUGGCCAGGAAGAAGUCCAUCGUCACUGUCCCGGCUACGAAAGAAGUCAGCCCGCCAUCACGUGGAAGCAACCGCCCCUCUCCUGACCGCCUGCCUUACCUGCCACACUCACCCUUCCACCUCUUCUCCUACGACCUCAAUGAGGAGCCGUCGCCCCCGGCUCCAGUCAAACCCAGUGAGGAGUCACCCAAACCGACGUCUCCCAGGAAUGGAGGUGUCAUGUCCUUCUCUUCUCUCAGCAGUUCAAGCACACCCACCAGCCCCAGACCGGCUCUGGGUGGACUUCUGUCAUCGUCUUACCGACAACACCAAGAAUCUUUGGCGGCCGAGCGAGAGCGCCGCCGCUUGGAGAGAGAGGAGAGACUUCAGAGGAUAGAGAGAGAGGAGAGGAACAAGCACAGCCGCGACUUUGUGGAUAAAAUGGAGGAGGCGAGGCAUGCUCGCGAGGAGAGGUAUAAGAACGUUGAGCGUCUCGCAGCUGAAGAGUGCGAGCGCACGCGGGCGUCAAGGACUCGCCCUGACCUCAACCUGAACUUUGAACCCUCGGAGGAAUCCUGGCCUUCGUCAUCCCGCAGCAGCAGCCCGUCCUCUUUCGUCUCCCAGGAGGACACAGAAGCUGACCUUGAUCAAGAGACCCCCGCCACAGCCUCCCCGCCCUCUGAGACUGGAGAGGUCGAUGACUCCUGUGCCAGCGCAGAAAUAGAGGAAAAAGAAGCCUCUGCUGCAGAGGAAGAAGAACAGAAAGAGAAAGAAGAACAGGAGGAGGCGGAGGAGGCGGCGGAAGUACGUGAGGAAGAGGAGGAGGAGGUUCAGCAAGAAGCAGUGGCAGAACAGGAGGAGGAAAGUGAGGUGUGUGAGCAGGAAAAGGAGAAGGAGACAGAGGAGGCGGAGGAGGACAGUGGCAUCCUCAGCGACAAGGAGCGACAGAAUGAGGAGGUGAACGAGAAAGACAACUGCUCGGCCUCCAGCAUCUCCUCCGCCAGCAGCACUUUGGAGAGAGAGGAGCGGGGCAGCAACGACAAUGGCCUUAAGGAGGCAGACGUGAAUGAGCACAGUAGCAAACUCCUCAACAGCAAGCUCUUCAUGCUGGACAUGCUCUACUCUCAGAACAAGAAGCCCAGCGAUGAGGAGGAUGAGGAAGAGGAUGCAGAGAAGGAGAAGGAGAAAGAGAAAGGAGAGGGGGAGGACAAAGACACCCUGGAGGAUGCUGAAGGACAGCCAGGUGCUGUGCAGGAGGGCAACAACGGCGCCGACACAGCAGAGCAACGCGGGACCAUCCGACACUUCGCGGAGCGGUUUGGAGACUUGAUCAAGGACCUGAAUUCACCGCACUCCCCUCACUUGGAUGUCCCAGCCAACGAGCCGCCUCCCCCCCCACCCAAAAAGGAAUCAGACACGAUCUGGGACCAGCUCCUGGCCAGCCCUCGAGAGUUACGCAUCGGGGACAUCAACUUCACCGACCUGACGGAGGACGAUGACAAGGACAUUCUGGAUGCUGUUUUGAUGGGCGGAUGCGGUGACCUCCCGCCCCCGCCGCCUCCCCCACCCUGCCUCCCACGCUUCCCUCCACCCCCACCCAUGUUGGGGUGCUGCCCCCCGCCUCCCCCCAUGAUAGGAAUUAUGAGGCCGCCUCCUCCGCCCUCACUUAAUUCCCAAAUUCCAGUGCCUCCACCCCCUGAGCCACCUCUGUUUAACAAGAAGAAGAAGACAAUCAGGCUGUUCUGGAGCGAGGUGCGUCCAACAGACUCUCAGUAUAGGGACUACAAGCGGAGUGGGGACUCACUUUGGUCCAAACUGGAACCAGUGAAGGUGGACACGGCGAAACUGGAACACCUGUUUGAGUCAAAAUCAAAGGAAAUGCCAGUCACAAAGAAAACAGCAGCGGACGGGAAGCGCCAGGAGAUCAUUGUGUUGGAUUCCAAGAGGAGCAACGCCAUAAACAUCGGCCUGACAGUGCUGCCUCCUCCUCGCACCAUAAAGACGGCGAUCCUUAACUUUGACGAGUAUGCGCUCAACAAGGAGGGCAUCGAGAAAAUCCUGACGAUGAUCCCCACAGAGGAGGAGAAGCAAAGGAUCCAGGAGGCGCAGCUGGCAAACCCCGAUCUCCCACUGGGCUCAGCAGAGCAGUUCCUCCUCACCCUGUCCUCCAUCAGCGAGCUCUCUGCCAGACUUCAACUCUGGGCCUUCAAGAUGGACUACGAGGCAACCGAGAAGGAAGUAGCGGAGCCUCUGCAGGAUCUGAAGGAAGGUAUGGAGCAGCUGGAGAAGAACAAAACUCUGCGCUUCAUCCUCUCCACGCUGCUCUCUAUCGGGAACUUCCUCAACGGCACCAAUGCAAAAGGCUUUGAGAUGACAUAUUUGGAGAAGGUUCCAGAGGUAAAGGACACGGUCCAUAAGCAGUCUCUGCUGCAUCACGUCUGCUCUGUGGUGGUGGAGAACUUCCCUCAGAGCACCGACCUCUACUCCGAGAUCGGAGCCAUCACCCGGUCGGCAAAAGUGGAUUUCGACCAGCUUCAGGAGAAUCUGUGUCAAAUGGAGCGAAGGUGCAAAGCAUCAUGGGACCACCUAAAGGUGAUUGCAAAGCAUGAGAUGAAGCCCCAGCUAAAGCAGAAGAUGUCUGACUUCCUCAAAGACUGUGCAGAGAGGAUCAUCAUCCUCAAGAUAGUUCACCGCAGGAUCAUCAACAGGUUCCAUUCAUUCCUGCUCUACCUUGGUCACCCGGCAUACAGCGUGAGAGAGAUCAGCGUCCACAGGUUCAGUAAAAUCCUCAGCGAGUUUGCGCUGGAGUACCGAACGACCCGAGACCGCGUGCUCCAGCAGAAACAGAAGCGAGCCGACCACCGCGAACGCAACAAGACCCGAGGAAAGAUGAUCAUGGACGUCAAUGCACCUUCUGAUGAUGAAGAAGAGAGUGAGUGUGGUCCAUCCUAUGGCUCUAGCAGCAGCAACAGGGCCCCUAGUGGCAGCCAGGAGAGUGAGCAGCCACAGGGUCUGGGCCAGUCUGAGGAUGCUGCGGAGCACGAGAACAUGAAAGCAGUGCUGAGAACUAGCCUGAGUGGCGGGGACAAGGAGGCGAGCGGAGUACCAGGACUUCGAACACGAACAAGAUCCCGGCCUGGACGAGGAGGUCGCACUGUGCAGGCAUGGACGCCAGCGGCGGAGGACACUCAUGUCUGCGGAGACGACGCCGCCGACGAAAUAAUGGAGCGCAUAGUGAGGUCGGCCACUCAGGGCCCGGGAACUAGAGCCCAGCCCCGGGAGAGGAGGCGCUCCAGGGCAAACCGCAAGUCAUUGAGGCGGACACUUAAGAAUGGUCUGACCCCAGAGGAAGCUCUUGCUUUAGGACUUACUGAUUCUCCUGAUUCAUGAAUGUGAUCAGCCGACCUCCUGCCUGUCCUUGUUGUCUUGGAAACAUAGCCACAAUCAUCAAAGGGACAUCUCUGACAGCCUUCUGCUUUCGCCACGGGUUGUAGAGGGGUUUUUCCACCAGUCACAACCCCCCAGUUAGAAUUUUGCCAGCUGCUUAUUUUGCCUGUCAUGUCUGGCUGAUGAAGCUGCAGCCUUGAGUGUUUUUUUUUUUUUUUUAAAUGCAAAUCCAAGCAGACGUCAAAGAAAGAGAAUCUGUGUUGAAUAGGACAGAAAUGAAAUAAGGUGAAACAUUUUCAUUUAUCUUAACAUUUAUGGAAAAAAAAUGUUGCAUUAGUCCAAAAAACAGAUUUUUUCUUGUGAUCUCCUGCAUCUGUGACUUCACCAUUUUCAUUUAUUCAAAGCUGUGAAUUUCAGUUGCAAAUAUCAACAGGCUGAAAUGGAAGUUACAUUUUGUCUGACGUCCUGCUCUGAUGUAUCCAAGAGGUCACCUCAAACAAAGAGGCUUACUAAGAAGGAUCCUUUUUGUAAAAAAAAGGCAAAUGUUUGCUUCUGCAGCAGCAUGUUUGACAAGUGACGAGUGUCGAUGUUUAGUAGGAAUGUGAAAGGUUUACAUUCUGAUGUGUGCCUUUCAUUUAAAAAGGGACAACGCUGUACCUGUAUCCCACCUCUCCCUCUUGCUUUAUGCACCUCCUACUUCUCAGAUCACUCACAAAUGUCACAUUUACAGCCGUCAUGUAUCGAUAUGAUCGUUGAAUACCAUUGACUUUGUUAUUUUGGCAAAAUUGUUGUCAGUAUUUAUUUGCAAAGCUCCGACAUCUUGCACCUUACUCGACAUUAAUCGUUUCUCAAGCUGAAACUGAUUCAAAUCACACACAGAAAAAAAAAAGAUGUUUUAAUCUCAGAGGAACUUUUUGUAAAGUGUAAAAAGACAAAAAGAUGGAAACGCUUUUUUUUAAUUAUCUAUUUUGAAGGACAUGCAGAGAAUUCUGCAUAAAAUGUGUACAUGCCCUUUUCAGCUGCCAGGUACUAAAUACUGAAGUACAGUGUGCAUGUUUGGUGAGGUUCAUGUGUUGUACUAUUUUUGUAUUUUCUGUAGAAACUUGUAUUAUAGUCUAAGAAGAGAAGGGGUUAAAAAAAAAGAUGCUGUUCUGUGAAUUGUAAUAAAUAAUAAAAACAAUUAAAAAGAGCUUAAA